AUGUCUUCUCCUGCCAGCCCACAGGGAAAGGGCGGGAGGCCCUGGAAAGCCUUGCUCCUGCCACUGUUGCUGCCACUGCUGAUCGCAGGCUCAUGGGCACUACCAGAGGCUCAGCAUCUUCACCGAGUGGCAGGGCAGACGCUUUCUGUGACAUGCCAGUACCCCCCCAAAGGCUGGCCCUACGAGAGGAAGGGCUGGUGUAAGGAGCUGUCAGCGUUCAAGUGCACCAGGCUCGUCACCAGCUCUGGUCCCGGCAGGCUGGUUCAGUCCUCUCGAUUCUCAAUCUGGGACAACCCUAGCACCGGCCUCUUCAUCGUCACCAUGACUGGUCUGAAGGAGGAAGACUCAGGACACUACUGGUGUAGAAUCUACCACGCUUCCAGCAACUCUGUCUCUAAGUCCAUAAGAUUCUAUCUGGCAGUGUCACCAGCUCCUGCCUCCACACAGGCCAUCCGGGCUUCUGCUGAGCUGGUCUCAUCACCGACCCAGAGCUCUGUGCCCCCAACUGGAAGAGCCAAGCAGGCCCCCAGGGCCAUCUCUGCCGUCACCACCCUUUCACCGCAACAAAACUCCACCCUCCGCUCUCACCCUGCAGCCCCCAGCGCUCUGGUCCCCAUGCUCUGUGUGCUGCUUGUGGCCAAGGGUCUGGCGCUAACAGUCCUGACUGUCCGAGCCUUAAGGAGUCCACACGUGCAACAUAGAGGGAAGUCUCUGAUGCAUCCAGCUCCGCCCAGAGCCCAGGCUUCGGGAUCCAAGGAUGACCAGUCUUCCCCAGUUCCCCAGGGAGCUCCUCCCUGGACUCUGAACCUUUUGUUCACUGCAAAGAAAAAGCAGAAGUCCCCCAGAACUUGCUCCAAGACCCUUGGCUACACCCCUCAGUCCAGUGCUGAGGAUUUCCCAGCCUCGCCUCGUCCCAAGAUCCAGGCCCACCAGUUGCUCACACGCAACUGGCUUCUGGGCCAGCACCAUCCGGGUAUGGGAGCUGAAGGCCAGUGCAGCAGCUGUCCCCCAAACCCGAGCCGGCACUGUGGGCGACUCUGA